AUGGACAUCCGCAUGCAGUUCCACACGCCGCUCGUCUUCUCCCCCGGUGAGGCCGGCAAAUGGUGCUACGGCAACGGCGCUAGACCAGGACGAGGCACCUGGGCGCUUACAUGCAAAAGAUACAUCCUGCACCCCUGGAAAUUCACAGCGCCACCUUUCGCCCGACGGACAAGGAAAAGCGCAUCCACGGUGACGGCCGUGACGCUAAGACGGGCGCGGUGGUGCGCGGCAGCACGGAGGGGUUCGCGCACGUCGACGUCGUGGACGAGUGCGGCGGCGCGGGACUACGCCAGGGUGCUGUUGGGCCCCGAGGCGGCGCGGGAGUUGUUUCGGCCGCAGCUGUUGGAUGCGGAGCAACCCCGACCUGCAGACUCAGCUGGCCGAGGGGCAGGAUGUCAAGGCGGUGCUGAUGGAUUGUGGCGCUGGAUGAGGGCACUGGGAAAUUUAGGGGUGGGGUUAUGGCGGCUUCGGGGAUGA